GAAUUUUGAUGUGAAAAAGUGUUUGUAGUUUCUAGAAAACAUUGGAAAGAGUAAUGAAAGUCGUUUAAACGUACAGUUACGAUUGAAUUGGAACCAUUUUACUGUUUUGUUUUUCUCGUUUAAGAGAGACCCCCCCUCCUCAAGAAAUACUUUUUCUUAACCCACCCUUGACAGUGUCAAGUCACUGAAAGCGCGCGGCAGCGACUGAACUCUUGUCGAAGAUGCCCUUGGCACAGUUUGGAGCAGACCCAUGGCAGAAAAUGGCCUUGGGGAAUUCGGAAAACGAGGUCAUGGAUGACUCAAUGGGGGAGGAUGAAACUGUAUGCAGUGAUGAGGGCUCAGUGAAUGAGAUCAGUAUCACACAUCAUGUCAAAGAGGGCUCUGAAAGGGCUGAUCCUUGGCAGUUUGAAGUCCGCAAGGUCCUGGGAGAGGGAUCCUUUGGGAAGGUCUUCCUUGUGAAGAAAAUAACAGGGCCUGAUGUUGGACAGCUGUAUGCUAUGAAGGUGCUGAAAAAGGCCACUUUGAAAGUGCGAGAUAGGGUCCGGACCAAGAUGGAGCGAGACAUUCUGGUGGAGGUGAACCAUCCUUUCAUAGUCCGACUACACUACGCAUUCCAGACAGAAGGGAAGCUGUACCUGAUUCUGGACUUCCUCCGAGGUGGAGAUCUAUUCACACGGCUGUCCAAAGAGGUGAUGUUCACAGAGGAGGAUGUGAAGUUCUACCUGGCAGAGCUGGCUCUGGCCCUGGACCAUCUGCAUGGCCUGGGAAUCAUCUACAGAGACCUGAAACCUGAGAACAUUCUGUUAGAUGAGGAGGGCCAUAUCAAACUCACUGACUUCGGCCUUAGUAAAGAGUCCAUUGAUCAUGAGAACAAGGCCUACUCUUUCUGUGGAACAGUGGAGUACAUGGCACCGGAGGUCGUAAACCGCAGAGGACACACCCUUAGCGCUGACUGGUGGUCCUACGGCGUGCUCAUGUUUGAGAUGCUGACUGGGACAUUGCCUUUCCAAGGGAAGGAUCGGAAGGAAACCAUGACCAUGAUACUGAAGGCCAAGCUGGGAAUGCCACAGUUCCUGAGCCAAGAGGCCCAGUCUCUCCUACGUAACCUUUUCAAACGCAACCCAGGCAACAGACUAGGUGCUGGUCCAGACGGAGUGGAAGAGAUCAAGAGACAUUCCUUCUUUUCCGUUAUUGACUGGAAUAAAUUAUUCAGGAGAGAACUCCAUCCCCCCUUCAAACCUGCGAGUGGCAGACCUGAUGACACCAUCUACUUUGACUCUGAAUUCACUGCAAAAACCCCACGGGACUCUCCCGGCUGUCCCCCGAGUGCCAACGCCCACCAGCUGUUUAGAGGCUUCAGCUUCGUGGCUAUCUCAGAUGAGGAGAGUCAACCGCCACAGAACAUUAACAUCAACAUGACCUCUAUACAGCAACUCCACAGAAACACGGUACAGUUUAGUGACGCCUACGAUGUGAAGGAGGACAUCGGUGUGGGCUCUUACUCCAUAUGCAAACGCUGUGUUCAGAAGAGCAACAGUAUGGAUUAUGCUGUAAAGAUCAUCAGUAAGGCCAAGAGGGACCCCACAGAAGAGGUGGCGAUUCUUCUGCACUACGGACAGCACCCCAACAUCAUCACUCUCAAAGAUGUGUAUGACGAUGGACGCUCGGUGUACCUAGUGACAGAGCUGAUGAAAGGAGGAGAGCUGCUGGAUAAGAUCCUCAGACAGAAGUUCUUCUCUGAGAGGGAGGCCAGUGCAGUUCUCCACACCAUCACCAAAACUGUGGAGUACCUGCAUGCACAGGGGGUUGUCCACAGAGAUCUGAAGCCCAGUAACAUACUGUACGUGGAUGAGUCUGGAAACCCAGAGUCGAUCCGGAUCUGUGACUUUGGUUUUGCCAAACAGCUGAGAGCUGAAAACGGGCUCCUGAUGACUCCCUGCUACACGGCCAACUUUGUCGCCCCCGAGGUGCUGAAGAAACAGGGCUAUGAUGCAGCCUGUGAUAUCUGGAGUCUGGGAGUGCUGCUCUACACAAUGCUUACUGGGUUCACUCCUUUUGCCAAUGGACCAGAGGAUACUCCGGAAGAGAUCUUGGCUCGGAUCGGCAGUGGAAAGUUCUCUCUGACGGGCGGCUACUGGAACUCAGUCUCAGCAGAAGCCAAGGACCUAGUGUCCAAGAUGCUGCAUGUGGAUCCCCACCAGAGGCUAACUGCUGCUCAGGUGCUGCAACACCCCUGGAUAUUACACAAGGACCAGUUGCCCAAGUACCAGCUCAAUAGACAUGAUGCUCCUCAUUUGGUCAAGGGUGCGAUGGCAGCCACUUACUCUGCUCUGAACAUGCAUGUUCUCCCUGUGCUGGACCCUGUAGGACGCUCCUCGUUAGCUCAACGAAGAGGAGUGAAGAAGUUGACCUCAACAGCCCUGUGAUCCACCUGCCACUAGGAUCAAUCUCACCUGUUUAAUGCUACUGCACCAGUGCAUUAGUGUGUUUCGACUCCCGCUGUGUUAGAACAGUGUGUAAGACCAAAAAGAAACUGUAACCCAUUCACUGAGAAAAUGUAUAAUGUAUUUGCUUGUACAAUCAUAACUGCCUACAGACCAAGAGUUACAAAUUCUUGGAAAGGCUGAACUGUAUAUUUUAUGAAAAUGAGAUAUAUUUACUACAAAAAUAUAAUUAAAUGUAUACGGGUUCCUA